UAUUCACCUUAUUUUGUAUUAUCCCUUCCAAAAUCCAAAAACCCUAAAAACCCUAACUUCUCGCUCUCAGAAACAAAAUUUCCCCAAAGUCAUGAACCAGAGAUCUUCGAACCUGCUCGACGAAGCCCUAGGGCUAGACCAGAGCAUAGAACCAUGGCCUCUAAGGGGUCGAAUAGUGGCUAUAGAAGACCAAGUGGAGACGAGCGGCUCGUUCGUUCUUCACCAUAUCCUUAAACGCUCGCUUUCUCCAAAUUCAUCCAAUGUUUCCAUCUUUAUCGCUUUCUCUCAGCCUUUCUCUCACUACGAUCGUGUCCUUCGAAAACUAGGAUGCAACUUAGUAACACAAAGGGAUAACAACAGAUUCUUUUUCUUUGACAUGCUUAUGCUGCAGUGUCCAGGUGGAGAUGAAGGAAUAAGUCCUGAAUGUGGACUUAUUGCAUUGUAUGGGAAAAUAUAUAAAACCAUUGUAGCAUUGCCUGAGGUUAGCAGUAAAAAUGUUACCAUUAUCAUCGAUGAUUUAUCUCUCAUGGAGGUGGCUGCAAAUGGCUCUUCGGAUUAUGUCUUGGACUUCAUGCACUACUGCCGCACUUUAACAACAGAGUUUGAUUGUUCGUUAAUUGCACUUAAUCAUGAGGAUAUUUAUUCCAGUGCAGAUAGGCCUACAUUUUUGUUACAGAUGGAGUACCUUGCAGACAUUUUGAUUAAGGCAGAGCCUUUGGCUACCGGUUUAGCAUCUGAUGUGCAUGGACAGCUGACGGUUUUGAACAAGGGUAUGAAUUAUCGGCAAGGGAGCUCAAGGAACAAGAUAAGUAAUUUCCACUUCAAGGUCAAGGAAAAUGUUGUUGAAUGUUUCUACCCUGGAAGCCAAGGUUGACGGGCAUGAAACCGGUAAUUGACCGGAAAGUUUGUUGUCUUUACUUAUGUUUGGCUUGAUGUUCCUAGAGGAAAAAGAAAAGGAGAGAACCAUGGAGGCAGUGUUGUAUUAUAUCAAAUUCUUUUUCGCAGCGACAAUAAAAGAAGAGCAGAUAUCAUUGGCCAUUGCUCAAGUUAAAGACAGAGAUACCAGUAUUCCGACAAGCUGAAUUCCGGUCGUCUAGCAGUAUGCAUCUAUUUAGUUUGCAGAUAGAUGUUUGCUGUUAUAAAUUAUCAAACAGUAAUGUUAUAAGUAUCUCCUUGGGUGUAAGAUGCAUUCCUGUUUGAUCAGUUUUGCCCAGUCCCAGCAACCAUGUAAUAAUAUGGUUUGGUUUUGAAGGCAACGUUUUGUUGUCAGUCUCCCUCCGUUUUGGGAAAGAUAAGCAUAAAUGAAUAGACAGAGAAUUCCAUA